AUGCUUUCGUCUUGCUUUGGAUCUGGCCGGCGCCGGUCAGACGAGCAUGAGCCGCUGCUGCCCCAAUACGAUGACACCACCUCGCUGCAGAGACAGCUGCACCAGAAGCUGCACACGUACCAGAUGCUUCGAGCUCUAUCCAAAGGUUUCAUGCCCUCAAACGAGCAGAUCAUUGUGAAUCUCAGAACCCUUCUCGCUGCCGACAUCCUCAACCCAGAUCUCGACACAACGGAACUGAGCGACUCGGGCCAAGCGCUGGUGCAUUACAGCAAACAGUUUGUCCACCAACUCAUUGAGCUCCUCCAACACAAGAACAGCAAUGAUCAGAUUCAAGAUUUUAUCUGGUACUUGACCAGGGCGAGGGUCUCGAUGGACAUGGAACACGUCGCUGAACGGGCAGCCAAGGCAAAAGCCAAGGCUGACACAGCAGCAGCUUACAAGAGCCUUCAAACAGUGGGUUCCCUGCUUCUCACAAACUCGGACUUUCGCCUGUUCCUCACAGAUCUCAACUUGGUUGCCCGCGAGGUGUUCAAAGACACCGCCUUUGCCCUUUCCGAGGCUUCGAAAGAAGCGGGUAAAAGUCUUGAACCGUCUCCUCAGGAGCAGGAAUCCUUGAAGGCACCGGGGAAGGAUGCGCAGACACCGCCAAGCAAAGAAGACCUCUUGAACCAGGCCUCAGAGAUUACCCAGGUGCUCACCGGGAGCACGUCUACCGUGGUUGAGGGAGCCGAAAACAGUAUCAUCAGCAAGCUCCAAGGUGAUGAAAAAGACACCAUGCUUUUCCGGCUGAAGCAGGCCGUGUUGAAGCUUAGAAAACGACGCGACUAUUCCGACUCUGUUUCGACCCUCUCACUACUGCUCAAGCGCUAUGCCAUGGUUUACUCACGCAUUGCUCGCGACACUCUCGAGGCGGCUGACCAAGACGUUGACCGGAAUCCGGAGACGGACCGAGCGCUGAAAAACUUCUGGCUGUUCAUCCGAUCAUUCGGGGAUGCCGAGGAGUGGGAAGAGCUGGAGCGGCGCUUCAGAGACGUUAUGGAUCAUGGCCAGAAUGACCCGGAAUUUGAGGACCUGGUUCAGCAACUAGGAAACGCACUCCAGGAAAUGUUUACAGACGCAGCCUUCUUCGAGCACGCCGAAGAGAGGUUCCAGGCAUUACGGGUCAGGUCGAGACAACUUGCCUCGGGGUCAUCUUUACGGGACGACAUUGACGGACUUCUUGCUCAGGUGCAGUCAACCUUUCAGUCGGUCAUCAGAGACAAGGAUGUUGCCAAUCUCAUCAAAACCGCAACCACCAUCGGCAAGAUUCUUUCCCCCAAGCACCAGUAUGCCAAUACAGAUUUGCUGACGGAUUCGAUCAAUGUUUUCGUGCCACUGCUCAUCCAGUCAAUCAGUUACAUCCCGAUACCCAGGCUUGAAAUCUCAACACCGCAACUCGACUUGUUGCUUGAAAAUCUCAUCUUGGAACCCGGCGUCACGGUCAAUCAUUCUUCAUUUUUCCCAUAUAAGCUCCGAGUUGAGACCUUCAAUGACUUGGAGAUCCGCAAGGCGCGCUUUCGGACAACUUCGGCGAUAAAGAGCCUGAUGCGCAUCAGGAUUGAUGGAUUGUCCAUCAAGGCCGAAGAGGUAGGGUUCUGGCUCCGGGCGCACACAGGGCUCUUACGCCUGGUGGAUGAGGGAAUUGCUUCGUUUGAGCUUGACGAGCGAGGUCUGGACAUCCAGCUCGACGUGGAGGUUGGGAGAGACAGACUUGAGAAGAUACUCUCUCUAAGGGGGGUAAGGGUGCGCAUCCACAAACUCAACUGGACCCUGCGGAGAAGUAGGUUCAGUUUUCUGGCAUGGCUCAUGAAGCCACUCCUCAAACCGCUUAUUCGCAAAACCAUCGAGAUGCAGAUCGCCUCGGCCAUCAAGGAUUCACUGCACUUUGCCAACCGGGAACUCUUGUUCGCACGGGAAAGACUCCGUGCGACACGUAUAGCUGAUCCUGAUGACUUGCGGACUUUUUUCAAGGCUGUUUUGGCAAGACUUACACCCCCUGACGACCCAGAUCUCUACGCUCGUGUCGGUGUCGGCGAGCCAGGCCAAGGUGUCUUCGAAGGAGUUUACGCGCCUGGUAGUAUCGUCAAAUUGUGGAAGGAAGAGGCACAACAGGCAGCACAAAGGAUCCGAGAAAAUGAGAGAGACGGGUGGCGCAAUGAUGUUUUCGAUGUCCACGCCAGACUUUUGGGGUGA